CGAAGUGAUUUGACAUAAAAGUCGUGAUGUUUGUUUAUUUAAUUUAAACCAAAAAAGGUAUUUAUUUUCCUUGUGUUACAUUCAAUAUGAUGAAAAUUCAAUUGUUUUACCAUGAAUUUGUUACUGGAAGAUAGUUCUCCAGAAAAAGUCCCCAUAUUGCUCGAGGAUUUAAUAACAACACUCGCCGAAAGCGAUCGUAUUGAACUAAAACAGGAGGACAUAUUUUUCUUAUUGAUUGUUAUACUGAUGGUCGAAAAUGACUUUGUUCCUGUACUUAAUAAUGGCGUUGAGUGGGAGCAACAUAACUCAAUUGAUAAGGAGCAACUCUGCUAUUGGAAAAGGACAGGAUCUUAUGAAGUUACAUUUUUGAUGUCGAGUUUCAAAGACAUACCAUUAAAAUUGAUCUUAUGUCCCCUCGGCACCACCAUGUCGAUAAAUCUACUAAUUAAUUACGAUAGUACUGAUGUAUAUUCCGUGAUGUUACCUCACAUUAAGUAUGUAGUGGCACCCAAAGCACCAACUAUACCAAUGAUAUUUAAUGAUCUAAGAGAUCUGUGUUAUAAAUACAAAGAUAAAAUCAUAGUACCUGUCAAAAGUAGAAUACUUAGUUACUACGGAUUUCCGAGUGCAAGUUUGCUUGGAUUGCCAGCGGAAGUAUUUAUUUAUUUGCUAUUGUAUCUUCCUCUCAAGGAUAUAUUAAACUUAUCGGAAACAUGCAAAAGGAUCAGAUAUAUUAUAGAAACAGAUAAUUUCUGGCAUAAACUCUAUAUUCGUGAUUUUGAUACAUCCAGUGAAAAAGAUGAUUCAUCAUGGAAGACCCUCUAUAUUGCAAAAUACCAGGAAGAACAGGAUAAAAAACUGAAGGCUUGUCGACUGACUGGAGGUCUCAAUUCAAUGCUACCCAUUUCUCGGUUCGGCGCUCACCUCGAUCAUCCCUAUUUGUGGGCACUUUUAUUUGAUUAAUCCAAAUUUAAUUGCAACUAGAAGUUAAAUAUUUAUUUAUAUUUUAAGAUUUAUAUGGUACACAGUACAUUAAACAUUAUGC